AGAAAAAGGCUUUGGAGAGCACCAAUGCUCGUCUGGCUUUGGUGAUGAAGUCCGGCAAGUACUGCCUGGGCUACAAGCAGACCCUCAAGACCCUGCGCCAGGGAAAGGCCAAGCUGGUGCUCAUCGCCAGUAACACUCCCGCCCUGAGGUGAGAUCCGCGUGCUUCUGAGUAAUUUGAGUAAUUGCACCGGAGUUUUCGUCGUUGCUGGAACCAUAUGGAGUCUUGCUUUAUGCUGACUGAGAAGUAUGAUUCCGUCCUAAGUUUGGACAAAAAAAAAAAGAGUUGUUUUAGUCUGCGGAUUAUGUAAAUCAGAAUCGGAUCGCUUUGCUUCGACUCCACAUGGUUCCACUAACAGCGGAUGACUGCCAAUUUUUGGUGCUUGUGGAAGUCUGAGAUCGAGUACUACGCCAUGUUGGCCAAGACUGAGGUCCAGCACUACAGCGGCACCAACAUCGAGCUGGGCACUGCCUGCGGUAAAUACUUCCGUGUGUGCACCAUGUCCAUCACCGAUCCCGGAGAUUCUGAUAUCAUUCGCUCCCUGCCAGAUAACUAAACAGUUGAACUUUUUGUUAAUCUGUCAAUAAAGAUAAUACUUUUGGGUAAAAAA